AUGGCAACAAUAUCUUAUGCAGCAACUACAACUCUGUCUGACACCACAACACCUACUGAUGCAACAACAAUUUUGGCUUCCACAACCAGCACCCCAACAUCCUCAACUAUAGCAACAGCGUCAACAACAACUGAUGCAUCAACCACAACUCUGUCAACCACUGAUGCAUCAACCACAACUCUGCCUGACACCACAACAACUACUGAUGCAACAACAUCUUCGUCAACAACAACUGAUGAAUCAACCACAACUAUGCCUGACACCACAACAACUACGGAUGCAACAACAUCUUUGGCUACCACAACCACCUUUCCAACAUCCUCAACUGUUGAAGCAACCAACAAUUUUGGCUUCCACAACCAUGCCUUCAACAUCCUCAACCGCAGCAUCAACAUUGACAACUGA